AUCAGCACUAACCUUGUUUUUGGUAAAGCCUGAAAUGCUGAACAUAAUUUAUUUUCUUGAAUAUAUUCAUACCUUCUGUUAUCUCCCUAGGAAAGGAAUGCAGCCAGGAUGAGAGCACCUCAGCUGCCAUCUUCACCGUACAGAUGGAUGAUUAUCUCGGAGGAAAGCCUAUUCAGUACAGAGAGCUUCAGGGCUACGAAUCCAGCGCAUUUGUUGGCUAUUUCAAAGGUGGAAUCAAAUACAAGGCUGGUGGUGUGGCUUCUGGUUUCCAACAUGUGGUCACUAAUGAUCUCUCUGCAAAAAGACUUCUACACAUCAAAGGACGGAGGGUGGUUCGGGCUACGGAGGUUCCCCUCAACUGGUCCAGCUUCAACAGCGGAGACUGUUUCAUCGUUGAUCUUGGAUCUGAGAUUUAUCAGUGGUGCGGAUCGACAUGCAAUAAAUAUGAACGGUUUAAGGCUGCGCAAGUGGCCAACGGAAUCCGCGAUAAUGAAAGAAACGGGAGAGCCCAGCUCAUCGUCGUGGAGGAAGAAAGUGAACCGUGCGCUCUCACAAAGUGCUGGGGAAGAAAACCGAAGCUUCCUGGAGGAGACGAUAGCGAUGAUGUAGAUGCAGACGUGUCAAACAGAAAGAUGGCAAAACUCUAUAUGGUUUCGGAUGCCAGUGGCUCCAUGAAAGUGUCCGUGGUGGCAGAGGAAAAUCCGUUCUCCAAAGGCAUGCUGCUCUCUGAAGAAUGCUUCAUCUUGGAUCACUCCGCCGACAAAAAGAUCUUUGUAUGGAAAGGUAAAAAUGCGAAUGCGAGUGAGAGGAAAGCCGCCAUGAAAACAGCAGAAGACUUUAUCCAGCAAAUGAAUUACCCUAAAAACACACAGAUUCAAGUUAUUCCAGAGGGAGGGGAAACGCCAAUCUUCAAGCAGUUCUUCAAAGACUGGAGAGACAAGGAUGAAAGUCAAGGAUUCGGAAAGGUUUACGUCACCGAGCGCAUUGCUCAUAUUCAGCAAGUGGAUUUCGAUGCAUCUAAGCUGCAUGAAUCUCCUGAAAUGGCGGCUCAGCACAACAUGGUGGAUGACGGAUCAGGAAAGGUCGAGAUCUGGCGCGUGGAGAGCAAUGGGCGGAUCCCAGUAGACCGGGACACGUACGGACAGUUCUAUGGAGGAGACUGUUACAUCAUUCUCUACACCUAUCCAAAAGGCCAGAUCAUUUAUACCUGGCAAGGAGCUCAGGCCACUCGGGAUGAAUUAACCACAUCGGCUUUCCUUACCGUGCAGCUGGAUCGCUCUCUGGGGGGACAAGCCGUCCAGGUCAGAGUGACUCAGGGGAAAGAGCCGGCACAUUUGCUCAGCUUGUUUAAAGACAAACCGCUAAUUAUCUACAAAGAAGGCACCUCACGUAAGGGUGGACAGGCACCUCCGAGCGCCGUACGACUCUUCCAGAUCCGCAGGAAUUUGGCCUUCAUCACUCGGAUUGUGGAGGUGGAAACAGAUGCAUCUUUGCUGAAUUCCAAUGAUGUGUUUGUUUUAAAACUGAAGAACAAUUCCGGGUAUCAGUGGGUGGGAAGGGGAGCCAGCGGAGAAGAAGAGAAAGGGGCAAACUACAUAGCCGGAGUCCUGAAAUGCAAAGCUACAAGGAUUACAGAGGGACAGGAAUCAGAUGAGUUCUGGAGUGCUUUGGGAGGUAAAAAGAAAUACCAGACAUCACCUCUGUUGGGCUCCCAGCUGGAAGAUCACCCACCUCGGUUGUUUGGCUGCUCUAAUAAGACCGGGAGAUUUGUGAUUGAAGAAGUACCUGGAGAAUUCACGCAGGAUGAUUUAGCAGAAGAUGAUGUUAUGCUGCUGGACUCAUGGGAACAGCUAUUUCUGUGGAUCGGAAAAGAUGCUAAUGAAGUGGAGAAGAAAGAGUCCCUGAAAUCAGCUAAGCAGUAUAUUGAGACAGAUCCAUCCGGGAGAGACAAGGGAAUCCCGAUAAUUACAGUGAAACAAGGACAUGAACCCCCAACCUUCACUGGCUGGUUCCUGGCCUGGGACUCUAACAAGUGGCAGCAAUGA